AUACUAAAAAAAGGGGCGUUUUUUCCUUCGUCCAGAUGGCAUAGUAAAUUAACAGACUUUGAACAUUUUGUAAUAAAUUCGCAGUCGUUGUACAUAGUUGCCAUUUUCGCACUGAUUGCCUUAAUUUGCCUAAGAUAACGUUAUGAACUCAUAAUAAAUAUUAACUCCCUGCUGCUCGCAAUAAAAAAUCGGACUCUGCCGAGCGUUUAAAAGUCGCUAGCAUUCAGUCAUAACAGUUGGACCUAAAACAUGAGCAUGUGCAUCAAAGGGUCUUUUGGUUUCCUACUCGUAGCUCUGAUUCUCGAAUGUGCCAAUGCACAGACGUGUCCGUUGCCGUUUAGUCGAGUCGGAAACAAGUGCUACCACGUAUCCUUGCAGGAGGCCAACUGGCAUGUUGCCGAUCGAAGCUGUCGAAAACUUGGUGCCGAACUAAUGGUGCUCGACAAUCCAGAGGACAAACUCCUUACAACCAACUUCCUAAAGAGUAUGGGGCUAUCCUUCACCCAAAGCUGGCAUCAUUCCGUUUGGGCUGGCAUCAAUUGCUUGGGUAACCGGCGCACCUUUCUACUCGCCAGGAACGGCGAAACUGUGCCGUACCUUAAUUGGGUACCCCGGGAACCGAACAACGCUUCUCCCGAAGAGGAUUGUGUUGGAUUCGCCAAUUACAAUGGAGCCUUUGGGUACCACGAUAUAGAGUGCAAGGUUCAGUUUCCAUUUGUGUGCCAGAGGGAACCAGCAGAGGACUACCUCUGCCUUAAGCGGGAUAUCUUCGUAGAGGUCCUUUUGUAGUGCUUUUAAACUAAAGUUAUCAUGAACUUAUGAAACCUUGCAAAUAAAUAAAUAAGAUAAAUGACAAUCUUACCUACGAAUUUUCAACCAAUAUCACCACAUUCAUCACUUUUUUGGUUGAGCAUUAUGAUAAAAUCAGAAUACAUUAUAUUACAAAAGUUUAAAGACACUAAAUUUCUUAUUGAAAGUUUCGGCCGUUGGUUUUUUUUUAUUAACAUUUUAGGUUGAAACGCAUUCUAAAAGUCUAAGACUCUAGCUUCACAACGGUCGUCUUCUCGGACACGUACAGAC